GGUUCGUUAGAUGUCCAACUCAGCAGUCGCAAGAACUCACCGUCGACCCCCAAACCUAGUCGCUGGGCACCAUCACAAGAGGCGCAAGAACUGUCUAAACGCGGUCGACCUUUCCAAUUCGAAGGGAUUUAAUCAAACAGUUGGUGUGCAUCGCACCGAAACGUUCGGCGACGCCAUGAGGGGGAACAAAGCGACGGCGCUAACAGUCGCGGAGAAGUGCAAGAAUAUAUUAGCGUCGAACUGGCAAGGCCACCUUAGUACCAUCAAAGCCGACUCCAAAGGAAGCAAGGGGGACAUACACAGUUCGAAAGUUAAGUACAUGGUCAAGAGAGGGAAACCAUACAUUUGGGUUCCAGAGACUGAUAUGCACAAUGUGAACACAGUAAUUGAUGAGCGUGGCUCGUUGGCGGUAGCAACACCUUUCCCAGGUCCACUGGCCAAUCUACUCAAGUCCCUAAAAAAGUUUCCCUCUCGGAUUGCUCUGACCGGAGAUGUUCUUCCUCUUAAGGACCAAAAGGCUCAGUUGGCUUCUGAAUGCCUUAAAGAACUUAUACAUUCUGAAGUGGAAGUAAUUCGUGAGUCCAGUUAUGCAGUAUCUGGUGUACUAAGUUCAACCAAUCCUGUUCUUACAUCUCGUAGUGAAAACCUUCAUGAGUUACUUGAUGAAAGUCAAAAGCAUGCCAUCUAUAAGUUUGAUAUACGAUCAUGCACAUUCCUUGAUGGCAAUGGAGGAACUCAUGAAGUUGAUUUGGAAGUCAUACAAACAACCAAGACAGAUAUCUUAGCACCCUUUUCGGCCAUGCUUGUUGAUGGAAUUAAUCAAAGUGAAUCAAGGCGAAGAGCACUUGUGCUUUUCUGUUUCACAUACCUGAAUGCACCUGUGAGCGAUGCAUACAUGCUGUCUCUGGAUCAAAAGGGAUUUGAUAUACUGGGUAAGGUCCCAGGUCCAUCGCUGCAGGAUGGUAGUCGGCAGUAUCAAUGGAGGGACUUUAGAUUUUCCUUCAAGGAAGAGGCACUUGACAUCGAAUCCUUCUGCCGGCAGCUGGUGGAGAUGGAGGAGGAGGCCAUCAAGAAGGUUUCAACUUACAGUGGCCUUGGAUGAGUUGGAAUCGCCUGCUUAAGUGAUAGACUGCAGCUAUGAAAGGUCCGUCGCACAACUGGACUCAUGAUUUGUGCUCGAGCACGUAGCUGAAUCAGUUUUCUGUAUGGGAUAUAAAUCUGCCCGUGCGAACACUACAAAUUUCAAGAACUGGAGAUUAGAACACUCAGAGCCAUGGUGCAAGAACCUCUCUGAUUGUCACUGAGGGUAUCCAAUCAUGCAAACAACUCAGAAUAUCAAUUCUCAGUUUUCUAAUUCGUUCUUUCUGUUUGGCCAAAUGGCUCUUGCUGUCAAUUCCUCUUUAGCUUUAUGUCGACUCCUUGCUCUGUCAAUUUUCAACGCAUCCCUGUGCUGGUGCCGGAACGAAGAUGGCCAGAUUGUGUGUGGACCAGUUUGUUAGGAUUGUUGCGGGCAAUGGCCACUUGGUCUUGUGUGGCCCAGUUGGAAGCUCUAAAUAGCUCUUGUCGGCCCAUGAAGAAGACCAAGCAAAGAGGAGGUGGAGGGGAGUCAUUUUUGGUGCUGUUCACUAGAGUAAAAGGGAAAGAGAUCCACUUUACUGAUAAAACUAAGCAGUCUUACAAAAGGGAAUUGCUAGUCAGACGGUCCUUAGAAUAUUAAUAUGGAAUCUGUCCUAAGAAUCUUCCCGAAAUCAUCACAUGAGCAAGACUGAGGUAGAUUUGUCUGCUUCUCAAGGUUCUUGAUUUACA